AUGGCAGCUGAUACUAAACAUGUCGAAGCAUUAGACCAGCUACAGAAAGAAGUCAAUGCCACUCUCGAGAACAUUGGUCGUCUGUUCGCCGCCGCACAAAGUGGUGUCAAGGGAUCCGCAGCGGCUCGGGCUCUUCGCCUCAAACGGGAUAUGCCUGAAUCGAUCAAUAGAUAUCAUGCUGCUCUGGACAUAUUAGACGACGAACUGCAAACAGCAAAGGCGGUAAUGCGUCGAGAUUUGGCCGUGUGUCGCGAACGAUCUGAGAUUCAACCUCCCAAGGCCGAUACGAAAUCGAUAGGAACUACCCUAAAGCAGGUUCCCGGCCACGCUCAAGACCAGAAGCCGAUACAAGCAUCGAAUUCGGCACCUUCGGAACAGGCCCAAGACGAGGAACCUGGGGCUACAGAAACAUCAUUAUCCACCAACCUAGAUGAAUCCUCAGCAUCCGUCCAGCUCUCCAGCAAAUCUGCCGACAAAGAAGAUCCCGGCACCGUAGAUGCCAAGGUCAAGCCCAUAACACCACCUCUCCCCGCCGAAGCAUCACCGACGCUUCUACCUGCUUCGCCAGACGACAAGAAACCCACCACCGCCGACCUCUCCAUAGACACGAACCCACCACAGCCAGCCAAAGAAACCGCCAGCAAAGAAGACUAUACCGACACAACCAUGACCGACCAACCCGACACAGCCCCAACGACAGCAACGGAAAACGCCGACCUCGAAUCCCUCUUCAACGACCCCGCCUCCGCCUCCGCUUCCGCCACCGCCAUCUCAGCACCAGGUUCCGGCCCCGCCACCAUAGCCUCAGAAGCACCGGAUCCAGACUUGACCACCGGCAUCGACUUCGGCUCCUUCAACGCCUCAUUGUCCAAACCCUCCACUACCAACGACCACGACCUCAACCUCGGGCGCGGCGAAGACGCCGAUAACGAUCUCUCGGCCCUACUCCCCGGUGUACAGGACUACGCUAAUAUGCAGCCGGAGAACCCGAUGGAGGGCUUGGACAUGGAGAUGGAGAUGGACAUGGGGAUAGGGAUGGAACAGCCGAACUUCGACGAGCUGUUCGCGGCGGAUGGUGAUGGGCCGGGUGAUCUGAUGGGCGGGGAUGGAGAUGGAGAUGGGAUGGCAGGUGUUGGAGACAGUACCUUUGAUGACUUGAUGGAUUUUAGCAAUUUCGAUAAUGGGGGAGGUAGAGGCGGCGAGGAGUUCGGCACUGGAGAUGGUAAGGACAAUCAUCCGGAAUUCGACUUUGGGUUUUCGUAG